AUCGAUCUGAUUGAUACUCUGCGCUCAGUUGGCAUUCAGAAGGACUUGGCGUUGCCGACUAUCGUAGUGAUCGGAGACCAGAGUUCUGGGAAAAGCUCUGUGUUGGAAGCACUGUCUGGAAUUGCGUUGCCAAGAGGAAGUGGAAUUGUCACUAGAUGUCCACUAGAGCUGAGGCUGAGGAACGUAACAAGUGGAGUCAGCUGGAAAGCUGUUCUGUCUUACCUUCCUACAACCAUUUUAAAACACCUUUUCAAGUUUCUAACCAACUGAUGAGCUCCGCGGGCAAAAGGCCACGUUUGUCUCACGAGGAGCAGGUCACUGAAUUCGAGGAUCCUUCAUUAGUUGAAAAACACGUUGAAGAAGCCCAGAACGAGUUGGCUGGAAAAGGGGUGAAAAUCUGUGAUGACCUCAUCACUUUAGAGAUCAGGUCAGCUGAUGUCUGUGACCUUACCCUGAUCGAUCUACCUGGAAUCGCCCGGGUCCCAGUGCAAGGACAACCACAGGAUAUUGGAAAACAGAUCAAACGUCUGAUCCUGAAAUUUAUUGAGAAGCAAGAGACUAUCAACAUGGUAGUGGUCCCCUGUAACGCAGACAUUGCAACAACCGAAGCAUUGAAAAUGGCACAAGAAGUGGAUCCUGAUGGCAUGAGAACUCUUGCCAUUCUGACCAAGCCAGACCUCAUAGACAGGGGAACCGAGAAGAACAUUCUGGCCGUUGUCCAGAACAAAGUGAUUCCUCUCCGCAAAGGUUACGUCAUGGUGAAGUGUAGAGGACAACAACAGAUCGAUGACAAAGUUCCUCUGGUGGAGGCCACAGAAACUGAAAGAGAUUUUUUCCAAAAUCAUGACUUUUUCAGACCGCUCUUGGAUAACAAUAAAGCAACUAUUAAAUGUCUCGCUGUCAAACUCACUCAGGAUCUCGUUAGUCAUAUUAAAAAAUCCCUGCCAAAGCUUGACGAGCAGAUUAAAAAGCAGUUGUGGGAAGUGAAGAAUGCGAUGAAGGAGUGUGAAGCUGGACCUCCACAGGACCCCAAGGGAGCCAAACUAUUCCUCAUUAAAAUAUUAACAAAAUUCAACGAUAAAAUCAAGUCCUUAUCAUUGGGAGAGCUGUUCAAUAAGGAAAAUAUGUUUGUCCAGUUUCGGGCUGAAUUCAAGAAGUGGAAUGAAGGUCUUAAUGAAACAAAGACAUCCUUUGAAAGUUCGAAUGAGCUUAACCAGAAUUACAGAGGAAGGGAACUGCCCGGCUUCAGCAACUACAGAAUCUUCGAGAUGAUUUUGCAGAACCGUGUGGAUAAACUCAAAGAGCCAGCCAACGAAUUGCUCAAUACCAUUAAAGACAUCAUUCUCCAGCAAUUCACUGACGUUUCUCAACAAUGUUUCCGAAACUACCCUGCUCUUCUAAAUAUCACUAUGAACAAAAUCGAUAACAUUCAGUCGAGCCAGCAAGCCAAAACGGAGCAGCGGAUCAUGGAUCAGUUUGAAAUGGAAAGCAUGGUCUACACUCAAGAUCCCAUCUACUUGAAGUUCCUGAACGAGAUUAGCGCUGAGAAAUUUUCAGAAGAGCGGUUACCUGUCCUUGACGUAAAAAGCAAGUACAGUGAAAUGCUGCAGGCGUAUUAUGAGAUUGUGGUGCAGAGGAUGGCUGACCAGCUGCCCAUGCUGAUCUCCUUCUACAUGCUGAAGGAGACCGUUCAGCUCCUGUGUACUGACAUGCUGAGUGUCCUGGACGGGGCAAACGUGAGCGAGCUCUUGUUUGAGGACUCAGACGUCAGCAAAAGACGCAAACACUUGCAGUCUCGCCUCGGCCGCUUGACCGCUGCUCAUGACGAGCUAGUGAAUUUAUUUGAGAAAUCAGACGAUGUUGUCUUACAUUAUACAUAAUGUAGCUUAUUUGACAACUUAAAGGCAUAGUACACCCCAAAUUGGAAAUUACCCAUAUUUUACUCCUAUGUGUAUAUGACUUUCUUCUUCCAGACAAACACAGUCAGAGUUUUGUAAAAAGCUUGGUUACUUCCAAGCUCGGUAAUGCUGGUGGAUGGCGGCCAUUAUUUUGAAGCUCUGUAAAUCAGACAUAUCCGCAAUUAAUGUGACAUGAAACAUACCUAUACGCAUUCGAGGGUUAUCACACGUCCUCUAAAGCAGAUCGAUGGGUCUUCGUAACUAAAAUAUUUCUAGUUUUAACUAGAACGCAGAAUUCCAGCUUCUUGGCUGAGCUGUGACUCGAUGAUUGGGCGGGUUUUCCUGCGAAAACCUGGCAACCCUGACAUUAAUCAAAUGAAUAAAUCCAGAAGGCUUGGAAUAGCGCACGAGUGUUUAGGGACUUCCGUGGCACUUUUAAGGAUAAUUCACACCACACAGACAAACACCGACUGUUUGAGUCUACCGCCAUUGGUUGGAGUUUGUCUUCACCCAAAUAAACAUGAUUAGUCAGCGUUUUGCUGGUGUCUGAUGAGGAAGAAUGAAUAGGCCUUUAUGUGUAAUUUGGACAGCUGUAUCAUCCUCGUGCUUCUAAAGUGAAAACUAAGGGUUUACAGAGACAUGAAGGUGUAAAUUACAGAAUUAGUUUUCUGGGCCAAUUAUUAUU